AACCCUAACAGGAGUUGUCGUCAUGUUUUGCCUGACAGCGUUCAGGCCCCUGAACGAGAUGGAGUUGUGAAAAAGUGGAAGCACUGCCCGGCAAGCGCUAGCCAAGUCAACUCUGUUGUCUGUACUUCAAACGCGUUAAAUAACUCGAUGAUUUCCGGGUUUGCGUGUAUAUUAUUUCGAAACAAAGUAUUUACUUUUUCAAUUAAGAAAUCGGUAACUGUAGCUGGAAACCAGGUUUCUAAGACAAGAAAUUGUUGUAAUAUGGAGGAAGUUCUCAAUCAAGACUGUGUACAAAAGGAUGCGAAAUCCAACAAAAGAUCGUUUGAAUUGAGCCAUGAAGUGGAACCUGCGCAAGUUGAAGAAACAGUCAAACGAGCACGUUCUCAAAAAAAAAAGAAAUUUGCACUUCUCUUAAGUUAUUGCGGUCAGGGAUAUCUUGGAAUGCAAUUCAAUCAUGGGUUCAAAACGAUUGAAGGUGAAUUGUUUCAAGCAUUUUUAAAACUUGGAAUAAUGGAUGAUGACUCCCUUAACACACCACAAUCUAUACAUUUCCAAAGAGCAGCACGAACAGAUAAAGGAGUAUCUGCCAUCCGCCAAGUCGUUUCGCUCAAAAUGAGUAAUAUUCUUUUUGCAGGGAUACCAGAUGAAGAUCUAUGUAAGGAGCUAAAUUCACUCCUUCCUCACUGUGUACAAGUGCUUGCUACAAGGAAGGUUACAGCAGGUUUUAAUAGCAAAACUGCAUGUGAUUCCCGAUCCUACGCUUAUGUGAUGCCUACAUUUGCCUUUGCCUCUAAGGAAGUGCCUCCCUCCCAUCAGUUUCGUCUGAAGUCGGAAACUCUUGAUCAAGUGAACUCCUUGCUUUCGUUUUUUAAAGGGACACGCAAUUACCAUAACUUCACAUCAGGCAGGCCUGCGCAGGAUCCUAGCUGUAAACGUUACGUAACGCACUUUUCUUGCAGCCUGCCUUUCAUAGUAAAAGAUGUGGAAUUUGUAAAAAUCACAAUCAAAGGACAGAGUUUCAUGUUGCAUCAGAUACGUAAAAUGAUAGGACUUACAAUCGCUAUCAUGCGUGGAUUCACGUCAAAAGAAAUACUAGAAAAAGCAUUCAAAAUGGAGCGGGUUAAUAUUCCUACAGCGCCCAGUUUAAAUCUAUUGUUGGAGGAGCCCCAUUAUGACAGCUAUAAUCGCCGUUAUGGGAGCGACGGAGUACACGAAGCUUUAGACUGGAGUUCCUGCGCAGUAGAUGUAGAUCAGUUUUACAAAAACUCAAUUCUGCCAGUUAUCUAUGAAGGAGAGAUGGAUUCUCCGGAUGGUGGUUCAAUGAAAAAUUGGCUUUUAACAUCAUUGCCACUUCACACCUACGAAUUCCCAUUAAAGCCAGAGGAAAAGUUACCGGACCUCGUCUGUGAUUGACAUUUCCUUAAUCAGUUGACUUCAAAACGAAUUUGAAUGUGUAAUAAAUGGAAAAGCCAUUA